AUGGUCGGCGAAACGCAUACCAUGGCUCUGAAGGAAGGCGUUCUUCCUAGCAGCUUUCCAGACUGCAUCCCUCUAUAAUCAGGCGAUGAAGAGGAUGACGAUUACCCCUAGGUCUUGAAUCGUUUUGCUGUGCGCUUCGAGCAGUACUACUUCUGAAGGAACGCAGUUGACAAGUAGGCGGCGACGUGGUGCACACGUGCUCGGAAGUAAGCAAGGAAAACGUCAUGUCUUUCUCUGGCGAGCUGUUUGUCUGGCGAUAGCACUGGCUUUCGUAGUGGAAAUUAUAUUUUGGGAGCGCUUAUCGUGGAAACAUUACGAAACGUGUUUGUGAUGUGCGCUCAUCUAAAACGAACCGUUUGCAAGUGAAGUGCGCGAGCGUCAAGAUAGAGCGGUGCAGGUGCACGAGCCGACACGCAUGUGCAACGUUGUCUGCAGUGAGCAUUUAGCGCUACAUUAUUUAGCUAUAACGUCGCCAGUUUGCCAGCUACUUUUUUGUACCCGUUAGCAAGUUACCUGGCUAGCUACUGCAGUAUAUAACUAUGACCUAGACACAUUUUGUAGUGGUAAUGAAUGAAAACCACUCAUUUCUAUUUUGAGGAGAAGAGUAAAGGCCUACCCGACACAACAUUGCAUGUCAGCAACAUGGCAUUCACCAGCCUUUUUUCAAGUCUUCCAAACAAAGAAUUUGACCCGACGCCUUGUGAGCCGAUGGAAAGAUUUCAAAGGGACGAAGGGCAACUGGAACCAGUUCAACUGAAGGGGAACGAAAGGGAUGCCCAGUCCAGAAAGUGGCCAUUGCAACGGGGUCAGCAGAGUGGCCCCAGGAAGAGGAAAAAGGGGAACCAACAGGAGCAGUGUGGCCAGGCCAAGAAAAGUAACCUUCAUAAAUGCCCACCACAAUCUUAUAAAGACUUCGACUCUGUGGCCCGAGACUUCAUGGUGAAGUGUGAUUUCGAGCAACCAAGCUUUGACUUCAGUAGAGAACUGGACUUCUACAGUGAUAGCAAGGAGGGUGCAUACCCAGGUCAUGCUACAGAGAAGUCGGGUUGGAAGAACAUGAGGCCCGGAGAAGCCAUGGAUCCUGAUCAGAACAAGGAUGUUCAAGGUGUAAACAAGAAGAACGGACGGGAGCAGAAGAAGCAGCGAUGGGAGCCUCAGCAGCAGAGACUUGACAACCAGGCCAGAGGCAGAGGGGCAAACUCUGCCAGAAGGGGUGGGGAUUUUACUGGACUGGGUGGACACGGAACUAACCAGCCCAGAGACUUCUCCAACAGGGGCGGCGGUGGCUCCAACAGGGGCGGCGGUGGCUCCAACAGGGGCGGCGGUGGCUCCAACAGGGGCGGCGGUGGCUCCAACAGGGGCGGCGGUGGCUCCAACAGGGGCGGCGGUGGCUCAAACAGGGGCGGAGAGGGGAGCAAUAGAGGCCGGGGCUGUGACAAGAGGGGCAGUUUUCUCCGAGGAGGUGAUUGGUCAAAGCGAGGCACUGACCGGUCACGUAGUGGUGGACGACAGUUCCCAGAUGAUGGACGUUUAACACUGGAAACUUUGACAGGAAAGGGGAAGAAGAACAUGACAAAGGAAUUCAAAGACCAGAAUGCUUUGGAGAUUGACGGCAGGUUAAUCUGUCGACAUUUCCUCAGGGGAAAGUGCAUCAAGGGUGAUGACUGCCAGCUAGAACAUGCUCUGGACGUCAACUACUCGAUCAACGAAGUGUGUAAAUUCUACGUCCAGGGAUCCUGUUCGAAAGGAGAGAGCUGCAUAUACAUGCACAAGAGUUUCCCCUGCAAGUUCUUCCAUACUUACGAGAAGUGCUCCCAAGGAGACCAGUGCAGGUUUUCCCAUGAACCUCUGACUGAGCUCACCAAACAGCUACUGGAGGCAGCAUUGAAGAGGGACAAGGACAUUGAGGAACUGGCUAAAAAGGACAAGCCAAUCUGCACGGAGGAGUCAGUGGCCACAAAGGAGUCGUCGUCAGCUGAGGAGACGAAGCCUGUCAUUAACAUGUUCCUGAAUCCCCUAAGGCCAAACUUUUACAACAGUUCAUCACCCUCUGAGCCACAUGCUGAGGAAAGUACCCCCAUGUGUCAGAAUGAAGUGUCAGCUGAGGUCGUGGAGAAGGAAAUUGCCCCUCCUACAGAGUCCAUUCGGUCUCCUGAUCCUCCCCCAAGCUCUCCUGGCUUUAAGGAACCGGUUUCUUAUUCAGUUGAGGCUGUGCUUGGGUCCCAUAGGCCCCUGGAAAAACCCUUCCGCAGCUUAUUUGCAGCCUCUAUCAGCCAGACCUCACAGACCCAACCAGAUCCCCUCACAACUACAUUAGUUCCUCCAGACUCUAUCCACACUCCUGAUCCACCCCUAAACUCUACAUGCGGCAAGAGAAAUGUUCCUUAUUCAGUCAAAGCUGUGCUUGGAUUCCAGAAGCCUGUAGAAAAACCCUUCUGCAGCCAAUUUUCAGGAUCCAUCACCCAGUCCUUCACACUCCCCACACAGAACCAAUCAGAUCCCCCCAGCACUACAUUAAUUUCUCCAGACCCCAUUAGUUUGUCUGGUCCUCAUCUGAAUAAGAGGCAGGCUUCUUAUUCAGUUGAGGCUCUCUCUACGCCCCAGAAGCCGGUGAAAAAAACCUUUUGUAGUCUCUUUGCAGGACCUAUCAGCCAGACCUCUACUAGACCUCCCAUACAAAACUCUGCUAAUUCUCCCAUCAACACCCCAGGCUGUACGAGACCAGCUUCUUAUUCAGUUAAGGCUGUUCUAAAGUCCCACAAGCCUGUGGAAAACCCCUUCCGCAGCCUCGUUGCAGACCCCAUCAACCAGUCCUCUCGCCACCCUGAUAUACAGACACAACUAGAUCGUACCAGCACUACAUUAAAUCCUCCAGACUCCAUUCGGCCCCCUGAUCCUCCUUCAGUCUAUAAGAGGCCUGCUUAUUAUUCAGAUAAAGCUGUGCUUGGAUCUCCUAAACCUUUGAAACCAUCCUUCAGCAGCCUCUUUGCAGGCCCCAUCAGCCAGACCUCUCCCCAACCGCCCACUCAGUCCCAAGCAGAUUCCUCUAGCGCUACAUUUGGUCCUUCAGACUCUGCUCCUCUUGCAGGCUGUAAAAGGCUGGCUUCGUAUUCUGUUACGGAUGUGCUUGAGACCUAUAAGCCUGUGGAAAACACCUUCCGCAGCCUUUUUGCAGGAACCAUCAGCCAGACCACUACCGACGCUCCCUCGCAGUCCCUAAAGUCCCCCGGUUGUAAGGCACCAACUUCUAAAAAGCCCAUGGAAAAACCCUUCCGUAGCAUCUUUGCAGGAACCAUCAGCCAGACCACUACCGACGCUCCCUCACAGUCCCUAAACUCCCCCGGUUGUAAGGCACCAACUUCUAAAAAGCCCAUAGAAAAACCCUUCCGCAGCAUCUUUGCAGACCCCAUCAGCCAGACACCCAAAAACCACCCUCCCAGACAGACCCGACCAAAUCCCCCCAGCACUGCAUUUAGUCCUCCAGACCCCAUUCGGUCUUCUGAGUCUCUGCCAGUCUGCAAGAGACAGACAUCCUCAGUUGAGGCUGUCAGUGAGUCCCAGAAGUCCAUGGAAAAACCAUUUCGUAGCCUCUUUGCCGGCCCCCUCACACAGACGUCUACUUCUGGCCAUCCAACACAGACCCAACCAGAUCCCCCUAGAAAUGUCACUGCUGAAAGACCAGCCUCUCAUUCACUUGAGGCUAUGUUUGAGACUCAGAAGCCAGUGGGGAAACCCUUUCGAAGCCUUUUUGCAGGUCCCAUCAGCCAGACAACCCUCCCUGACCCUCCAACACAGACCUGGCCAUAUACCCCCAUAGUCAAGCCUAAACAGAAGGAGCGUGACCCAACACCAUCCACCGAGCCGUCCACAACCCAUUCUGUUCUGAGGACCCUCUUCCUACGCCUGAGCCCAUGCCGCCAGGAGGGAGAGCAGGCAAUCAGUAACAGCUGCAAAGAUCCAGGAGGCGAUGGCCUGUGUUCCAGUGAAGACGAAAUCACGAGAGGAUCUACUUCCACAGGACAGCCGAGGCAGAGCCAGGAGGUGGAGGACGUUGAUGAGCUGGAGAGUGAGCGAGAGGAGCCGGAGGAGUGCGUUCUGAGAGAUGAGCUGUUAGUAAUUCCAGUAGAGCCAUUAGUGCCUUACGUGCCACUUGGUGACCCUCGCCACCAUCGGCAGGCUGAUAUCACCCUGCCACGGUCCACCUUCGCCCAGGACGUGGUGUGGUCCUUUGAAGACCUUGCCCCUCUUACUCCCCUCUCACUCCAUCACCAGCCGUCUGUCCCUCUGGCCUCCCCCUCUACUGAGAGAACAUCAGGUUCUGCUGUUGGACUGUCCAGUCCUGCAGGACUCGGGCCACAGCCUUCCCCACGGGACUCCAACUCUCAGGAGGCUGCAGGAGAGCAUCUCAUUCCCUCCAGGAAUUCAGGUAGGAGACAGGUCCAGGUGGAUACCCCCGGCGUUCACAACCUACCGAUCCAAGCGAUGGUACGGGUCACUCGACAUAACACUGAUGUACAACCAAAGAGACUGUCUGGACAAAUGAGGUGCAAAAGUGGAAACGUGGGUGACAAGAAAACACUGAAAGACCUUUUUAAGACUUUUGACCCCACAUCAUCUCCCUUCGGACAGUAACUGCAUUUGGACUAUGGCUCAUAUUGUAUGCACUGUCGGUCAAUGGACUACGCACCUAAUGACUUACACAAACACUUGUCCUUCAUAUGAAUGCUUUUGCUCUAGUGUAUUUUCCUGCUAACAGAUCAGAACAGCAAUUCAUUGCAAAAAUGAUUGUGUAAAAUGCAGGACACCAAUUAUGCAGGAACACACACACAACCCUCCUUAACUACAUUUGAUGAAGUGUUACUCCCAUAUCUUUACUUAGCAACAGCUAAUGUUACUGAUGAAUUGUCAGCCUAGUCUGUCUCGGUGUGAAUUGUUUUGGGAUUUUCUUAGAUGUUGAUGUUUUUUUACAGACUAAAUCAUCAAUCAUGUACAUUUUUAAGGUUAAAAAAACGAAUGACAUUUUAUUUCAGUUUUAUUAAAGCAGAAAGUAACCUAUUGGAACAAUUAGCCAGUUAACUAGUAACUAACCGUUGCCCUCUUCCUCCACUCCUGCUGACUACAUUUCCUCUUAUUUGAUGAGUGAACAAUGGGUUAUUACUCAACUGAUUCUUAUUCCUGUGUGGAAAAUGUCAUUAUUUAAACUAAUGGCGCACCAGUUCUGCUCUGCAUGUAGUGCUUCUCUUUUCUUAUAGUAUGGUACUGUGCUGUGAAAGUAUUUGUCAACCCUUUUCUAAGUGCCUCUACUUUUGCAUAUUCUUUUUUAUACUGAAUGCUUUCAGAUCUUCAACCAAAACCUAAUAUUAGAUAAAGGGAACCUGAGUUAAUAAUUACAGAAUUACUACUUAUUUCAUAAACAAAGUUAUGCAACACCCAA